UGAAAAGCACGUUCACUGAUGGUUCUAGAAUCUUAGCUCCUAAGGUAUAUAAAUGGGGAGCUGCGAAUGAUCUUCCGAUCAAUUCAACUGAAAGCUAUAGCUGAGACAUAAAAAGGAACCAAACAAUAUCUUGAAUCAGUUCACCAUGGAUCUUGCAGACAAGCUUCUCGUAGCGACAUUGGGAUCUUUUGUUGAUCCUUUCUUUGGCUGGACUUACUAUUCGGACCACAGAAAGGACAAAGACAAGGUGGCCCUUGCUGCUGUUGGUGUGCAGAAUUUCGAUCCUAACGAAAUCUCACUAAAAGUAGAAGAUGGAAAAGUGAUGGUAGAUGGAGUCCAUCGCUCUCAAGGACAGUUUGGCUACGAGACCAGUGAGCUCCACCAAGCCUACCCUCUGCCAGAGGACGUGGAUCCUUCAUCUGUUUCUUCUCGUUUUUCUCCUGAUGGAGUUCUUUACAUCGAGGCCUACAAAAAGCCAAAGGAAAAGAAAGCUGAAGCCGGUCCAGUGGCUCAGAUGGAUGACAAGAAAUUCUCUGUUAACCUGGAUGUGAGCAAGUUUUCUCCUGAAGAAGUAAAAGUCAAGGUUAUGAACAAUGAAUUGAUGAUCACUGCCAGCCACGAGUCAGAAAAAGAGGGCAGUUAUGCUUCCAGAAAGGUUCAUCGCCAUUUCGUGCUUCCCAAAGAUGUGGACAUGGAUUCUAUCGUGUCUAAUCUGGACAAGGAUGGACACCUUCACAUCGAAGCAACCAGGAAACAACUGCCUGAACCAACUGAGAGAGAGGUCCAAAUCACGAAGGCUAAGGAGUAAACCAAGGGCCUUCAUGGUUUACAAGACACUUGGAACAAACCGGUAUGCGGAUUAACGGAGAAUCUUUUCGAACAUGAAACAUUAGAUUAGAUUAGGAUAGAUUUGCUUUGUUACAGUUUUAAAGGACCAGUUCCUAAUGGUUUUGCAUGUAUCUAAGUAAACAGUCACGUGUUAGUAUCAUUGUAAUCAAUCGUCGUGGUCAGUUUAAAACGUUCUUGCACCGAUAUUUCGAUUUAGAGCUAGAUUUAGAGCUAGUUAAGAGAUCUGAACUUAUUGCAAGAACAUCAGUAGAUUUGUAACGCAACUCGUUUCAGUUUUUCGGCUUUAUAGUGAGCUGCAAAUGCAUAAAGUUUGGAAGCGUGACUCGUAUAACGUAAGAAUAAAAGUUUUUUGCUUAUCAUUA